UUUUUAUCUCAUUCUCUUUGGAUUUCUGGUGACAAAUAUGAAGGUCACAGGAAGUUGUCGGAAAGUGUUCUAGUUGGUCUCAUUUUCUUGUUAUAGACUCCUCUCAGUGGCUUUGGCUUUACUGUAGUCUUGAUUAAUUCGACAAGUCGACUCUUCAAUCUCUCUCUCUCUCUCUCUCUCCUCAUUAGACUUUUUCUGGAGGAAUCCAUAACUCAGAUCGGUUUCCAUAUCUGGAUCCUUCAUUCAAAAAGUCCCAAAAAUUUUCUUUGAAUCUCAAUCUGAGCUCCAGAAAACCGAUCAGCUCUAGUUCAUCACUGGUGUUCUGAUCCAAAACUGAAUUGGGUUUAUCCUCUUCUCUAUCCUUAAUUCCUUGUUGUUGGUCCUCUGAAGUCAACGUUUUCGUCAUCCCUAUAUUCAGUUUCGUGAUUCCUAGUACUGCUUGGAUCUUCUCUGUCCAAAAGUUGUACAUUGGACAACAAAGUGAAAUGGGUGUUUGUUGCAGCAAAGAUAAACCUUCGAAGUCAAACGUUAAUGUCCACAGAUCAGGAGGUGGUGGUGGUGUUGAUUUGCAUCAUCACCAAACCACCCAAGAACCUCAAAUUCAUUACACAAAGUCCCCUGCUCCGGCUGCCCAGUUGCCGGUAAGGCCACCACCGAGCCCCAAACCAGUUCACCGGCCAGAUACAAUUCUGGGUAAGGCGUAUGAAGAUGUUAAACUACACUAUACCUUGGGGAGAGAAUUGGGGAAGGGUCAAUUUGGUGUUACACAUCUUUGUACUGAAAUCUCAACUGGUCGACAAUAUGCUUGUAAAUCAAUAUCCAAAAAAAAGCUUGUCACCAAGAGUGAUAGAGAUGAUAUGAAGAGAGAGAUUCAGAUUAUGCAGCAUUUGAGUGGGCAACCCAAUAUUGUUGAAUUCAAAGGUGCUUAUGAGGAUAAGCAAUCAGUUCAUCUUGUGAUGGAGUUAUGUGCAGGUGGAGAGCUCUUUGAUCGGAUUAUUGCAAAGGGACAUUAUAGUGAGAGGGCUGCUGCUUCAAUAUGUAGGUCUAUUGUGAAUGUUGUGCAUGUCUGCCAUUUUAUGGGUGUUAUUCACAGGGACCUCAAGCCUGAGAAUUUCUUAUUGUCUGACAAGAGUGAAAAUGCUCGUCUGAAGGCAACCGAUUUCGGGUUGUCUGUUUUCAUUGCAGAAGGAAAGGUGUAUCGGGAUAUAGUUGGGAGUGCUUACUAUGUUUCUCCUGAAGUGUUGCGGCGCAGAUAUGGAAAAGAAAUAGAUAUUUGGAGUGCAGGGGUUAUGCUUUAUAUCUUACUCAGUGGCGUACCUCCCUUCUGGGCUGAAACAGAGAAGGGAAUAUUUGAUGCCAUUUUGAAAGGAGAUAUUGACUUUGACAGUCAACCCUGGCCAUCCAUAUCAAAAAGUGCCAAGGACCUGGUUCAGAAGAUGCUGACACAGGACCCGAAAAGACGGAUUACUGCUGCUCAAGUUCUUGAGCACCCGUGGCUCAGAGAAGGUGGAGAAGCAUCAGACAAGCCAAUAGACAAUGCAGUCCUCUCUAGGUUGAAGCAAUUCAGAGCAAUGAACAAACUGAAGAAGGUUGCGCUGAAGGUCAUCGCUGAAAAUCUCUCUGCAGAGGAAAUUCAAGGGCUGAAAACAAUGUUUACAAAUAUGGACACCGACAAAAGUGGAACAAUUACAUAUGAAGAACUAAAGACUGGUUUGGCUCGACUUGGGUCAAAGCUCACUGAGCCUGAAGUUAAGCAGCUCAUGGAAGCUGCUGAUGUGGAUGGAAAUGGUACAAUUGAUUACAUUGAAUUUGUCACUGCUACCAUGCAUAAACACAAACUUGAGAAAGAGGAACACCUUUACAAAGCCUUUCAGUAUUUUGAUACAGAUAAUAGCGGAUAUAUCACAAGAGAUGAAUUAGAAACAGCAAUGAAAGAACGUGGAAUGGGCGAUGCAGAGAGCAUUAAGGAAAUAAUUGCUGAAGUGGACACAGAUAAUGAUGGAAGAAUUGACUACGAGGAGUUCUGUACAAUGAUGAGACGUGGAACCCAAACAACUGGCAAGCUUUUCUAGUGAUAUUGAUGAUUUGUGCACAAGUACAGCACUUCUGAUAUCAUCACAAAAUUACAUUUGCUAAUCGAAGGGAGCCUAAAGAAUUGGUGGCGUAAAGAUGUUGGAGCAUUUGAUCUCAUCAGGAAAUCGUUCCUUUUAGCUAGAUGUAUGUGUGACAGGCUUCUUAUUUCAUUUGUUUUGAGUAAAUCAUUGGUAUAUUCCUAAUUUCAUGUGUGGCCAUACUGUUGUCCAAGUCUUCGACUCUCGUUAAGUUUCUUCUUCUCUUCUGUCUCAAGAUACUGCUUCACAUAUGUAUCAAUAGCUGAUGAGCAUCUGAAACUUAAAUUAUGUUUGCAAUCGAAAAAGUCUAUUGUUUUGAAAUGAUCAGGCUGCAUAUAAUGCUGAUGGGAACAUCACAACAUCGUUUCUGC